AACCCUACAAAACAGAAAAUAUCCUAAAUAUUAAAUAGAAAAUAACUUCAAAUGAUAUUUAUUCCUUAUAUAUUUCUAACUUCCCAAAUUAUCCAUUAUCCCACCAUAAUUGAUACUUUAUUAGUAGUUCUUGGACACCUUGUGAUUGGUACAUCCAAUAGCUCAAAGUAGGUAAAUGAAGUUUCACUCAGUCAAAUUCAACAUGGUAGAACCAAGCAUGUUGAAGUGGAUAGACAUUUCAUUGAAAAAAAGGUCAAAGGAGGGAUAAUUUACUCAACAUGCAUCCUGAUGGAAAAAACAAACAUCCAAAAUUCUUACUAAAGGGCUUUCAAGAGGAAUUUUGAAGAUUGCAUCAGCAAAUUGAACAUGAUUAACAUUUAUGUUCCAACUUGAGGGAGAGUAUGGCAAGAUUAAUACGAUUCUUGCAUUUAAUUUUUGUUAUUUGUAAUAUGCCAAAUAUUGCAUUUAUGUGUAGUUUGAAUUAGGCAUAUUUGUUGGCUAAGAAUAGGAUUAGGGUACCUGAUGUUUUUGCUUUUGGUUGUUGUAUAUAUGCUGACUUUUGCACACCAUUUUGAAUCAAUGAAAGAAAGUUGGUGAACACACAAAAACUCAAAAUGCAAUUGUGUGCGAGGAAGUGAAGAAACUACCCAAAGGACUAGAACUGAGUGCACGCAUGAUUGAAGUGUGCGUGUGUCAUUGAAGUGUUGGUGAGAAGUCCACAUGCAAGUGUAAUGCAAUUAAUAAAUGUUAUAAAUAAGGGCAAAACUUAAAUAUGGUGUCCUGGUAAAUUAGUGCGUGUACAAAUUUUAAGUCUCCAUUUGGUUUAAACUAUGAAAAGUUUAAACUAUGAAAAAGAUUCCUUCUUCAUAAUAUGCAAAUUGGGAUAUGCAAUGUUCGUUAUACCCAUAUUAUCAUCAUUUAACAGUAUUUGUCUCUUGGUACUUUUUUUAUUUAGAGCAUGAAAGACAUUUCACAUAUAAAAUCACUUUUUUUACUUCAUUCCAUUCCAUUUUGUGUACCAAACAGGCUGAGUGUGAUUGUGAUGGAAACCAAAUCCAGUAUGACACCGUAGGAUCUUUUGCUAUAUUACUGAUAAAAUGAAAAAGAGGGAAUCCUGUCAAAUUCAAAGGAAUGGAUGAGGAGCGAUUUAUCACAGUAGCAUAAUCAGAAAUAGAAACUGAAGAAUAAAAGGUGAUGACAAAGAACAGAAGCAAACUCUCCACACAGUGGCCAAUUUCUUGCUCUCACUCAGCCCUUAAGUUGAAUGGAAACGAACUGUUGAGACAAUAUAUAAGGCUUGAUUUGGCUAAUGAAAAGAUUGUGCAUUCUUCCAGUAGCAGGGACGGCUCUGGAAGUGUUGAGUCUCAAACAGUGUUUGUAAGGGGUUUUGAUACAUCCUUAAGAGAAGAUGAGAUAAGAAAUAGCCUGGAAGAGCAUUUCAGUUCUUGUGGAGUAAUUUCAAGGAUAUCAAUUGCACGAGAUUAUGGCACCGGUUCUACUAAAGGGUAUGCUUGGUUGGACUUCAUGGAUGUUGAUGGCUUUAAUAAAGCACUAGAACUUGAUGGAAUUGAGGUUGGAGGUUAUAUAUUGUCUGUGGAGAGAAGACGACCUCGGCGUUAUAUUCAAGAUGGUAGAGGUGGCAGUGAUCAAAUAGGCGGAUGGCGUGGCGGUGAUCAAAUAGGCGGAUGGCAUGGUGGUGAUCAAUUUGGUGGAUGGCGUGGUGGUGAUCAAGUUGGUGGAUGGCAUGGAGGUGGCCAAUGGGGUCAUGGAAGAGGUUAUGCCAGCAGGUGGCAUUGAACGAACAAUAAAUUAAGCCUUGUAGCAGAAGGCCCAGAUGAUUUCUUCUCUUGGAUACGAUUUGGGGGCGUGGAUUAUUUUUUGUUGAUGACGAGCAGUGCAGGAGAAUACCUUUGCUCAAGUUCUGUUGCUCCUCUUGGGAAUCACAUGUUUGUAUGACAUUGGGAAUUAAUGACAAUCAAAUAGAGCGUUACAAGUUACAGCUGGAUUUGAGGAGUUCUGUAAUUGUAUAAACCUCGCAGUUUUGUUUUUUGUUUUUUGUUUUUUUUUUUACCGCAACCUUGCAGUUCUAUUGAAGGAAGGGGAAAAAAGUCUGUUGUUGCCCCAUAAUUAUUUUGUAUAAUAUUUAAUGGAUGAUACUUGCUAUGAUGUUGAAAAUAAAGAUUGUUAAAAGGCAA